UAACAUUCACAGAACUACUGCGUCGAAUAAACAGCUGAAUGAUGAGUGCUGCCCAGAGUCAAACACUGGUGUCCAAACUUGAAGCCCUGCAGUGCCACUUCACCUGGGAUCUUGACAUCAGUACGUCCUUACUUAAUCAUCGCAGGGACAACCUGGAGGACAUUGGCACCAAUGAUGGAAACCCCUGGAUGGGUCACAUCUACAACCGGCGAGGGUUCAUUCAGUACAAGCUGGGAUCCAAUGAAGAAGCCCAGAAGUUCUUCAACAAGGCUACAGAGGCCUUCAGCCGGAUAAGAAGCGCAGAUGAGGGCCCCUGGUUAGUGGUGAACUACGGGAACCUGGCUUGGCUGCACCACCACCUGGGAGACCAAGCAGAGAGCGAGGCCUACCUGUCUAAGAUCGACACCCUGAAUAAAAAAUACCCAUCUCCAUCCCAGGAGGAUCUCCACCCAGAGACCUACGCUGAAAAAGCCUAUGCGCUGAUGACGGUCAGUAGAGGCAAAACACUUGUUGUAGAUUACUUCCAGAGAGCCAUCGAGAUGCAGCCAGGCAUACGAGAGUGGAACACUAGCCAUGCCUUAGCCUUAAUGUAUGCUUCUAAGCACAGCAGGACAGGGCUGGAAGAUGACAUCUUGGAGAAAAUGAGAAUUGCCCAAGAACAGGAUCCAGAGAACUUGUACUUUGCCGUUCACUACCUUGAUCAACGUGCUCAGAGAGGAGAAAGAAUAGAAGAUGAAGCACGUGAGUUAGCCACAAAGGUUUUGAGAAAUCCUGUCAGCAGCUACAGUGGUUUAAAACCAUUGCUAAGGGUUUACAGAAAAUAUAUAUCUGUUGAUGAGGCCAUCGUUUUGGCAGAGAAGGCUCUGAAGAACCAUCCAGAUGAGCGUUAUCUGAAGAGAUGUGCUGCACGCUGCUACAAUUGGAAGAUCUUUGGUGACAAGUACAGUCGUCCAAAGCAAGACAUAAUAGCCAGAGCAAUCAGUCUCCAUCAGGAGGUGAUUGCUCUUUACCCUGAUUCCUCACUUAUGAAGAAAAUAGAAAUUGCAGAUUUAUACGCACUGUCACAUGAUGGUCUGGCUAAAGCUGAUCAGAUAUAUCAGCAACUGCGAGAAAGUCAUUUGGAACCUGCAGACAAACAAAUGCUUUACAACAAGUAUGCAAAAUAUUUAUAUUUCCAAAAACGCAAUAUCAACAUGUCAAUACAAUAUCACAUGAAGACAGCAGAGAUACCGCACCAAUCCUUCUUUCGUGAGGCCAGCAUCAAAGAACUGGAGAAGAAUAGAGACAGAGGCAGGAACAGCAUUUGCGGAGAAAUAAGGAAGUGUCUGGCAAACCUGCAAGAGACGUAGUGUUCUAAACAGCAAUGGUUUGAAAUCCAGGAAAAAUAUAUUGUAUUUGCAAAAAUAAUCUGUACAUCCUCAUAAAUUUGAUUGGCUGCAAAUAAGAACAAACAUGUUUUUCUUCUAUUGGUCGGGUAGUACACAAGGCAGCAACACCCAUACUCUGAAAAUGUUACAUACAUUUUCUAUAUUGGUUUUAGACUUUCAUCGUUAAAACUGACCUAAAUGUGUUAUAUUUUGAACUGACUCAUUGGCAGGUUUCAACUAUGUUUUACACUUUAGUAGCAGACAAACGCUAUUUAAAAAUACAAAUAGCUUAGCACUGUUUUU